ACUUUGGUUCUCAACAUGUUCCUUAUCAUAAAUACAAUGAUAACGUUACCCCAUCAAAUUUCAAUUAUCAAUCAUCAUUCAUCAUUAAAGGAAUUCUUCUAUCGAGUGCCGGGACCUUUAAGAAAUAUGUCGAAGAACAAAUUAAACUUGACUCUUCCUCCUGGUGUGGCUGACAACCAGCAGCCUGUGUCACCAUCUGCACCAUUAUCGGCAGCAUCAGACGCAGGAUGUGACAAGUUAAGCGUAGCAAGUCUACAAGAACAAUUAGACAGAGUUGGAAUGGAUGACGAACAACGGAAACGAAUGGAAUUAUUUUUAUGUCAAAAAGAAAAAAUUGGGGGUGAGCUUAGUGAUGCAGACUUUGAGAAAAUGAAAGAUGGUGAACUAGGUGCUGGCAAUGGUGGAGUAGUCAUGAAAGUCAAACAUAAGUCUAGCGGACUCAUCAUGGCCAGAAAACUCAUACACUUAGAAGUAAAGCCUGCAAUAAAAAAACAAAUCAUUCGGGAACUUAAAAUUUUGCAUGAAUGUAACCAUGCACACAUAGUUGGUUUUUAUGGAGCAUUUUACAGUGAUGGCGAAAUUAGUAUUUGUAUGGAAUACAUGGAUGGUGGUUCCCUUGAUCUCAUAUUGCAAAAGACUAGAAUACCUGAGCCAAUGCUUGGAACUAUUACUGCUGCUGUUGUCAAAGGUCUGAUUUAUCUACGAGAACAACAUUCCAUUAUUCACAGAGAUGUCAAACCCAGUAACAUUUUGGUAAACAGUGCAGGGGAAAUUAAGAUAUGUGAUUUUGGUGUGUCCGGACAAUUAAUAGAUUCAAUGGCUAACUCUUUUGUCGGUACUAGAUCAUAUAUGUCUCCUGAACGACUACAAGGUACACAAUAUACAUUACAAAGUGAUAUAUGGUCCUUGGGGUUAUCUUUGGUUGAAAUGGCCAUUGGAAUGUACCCCAUACCCGCACCUGAUGCUAAAACUCUAGCGUCGAUAUUUGGCCCUAGAUCUCAGGCGACUGAAACAAUAGAAAACAUAGAAGGAGAUGUUUUCGCAAACGGAAAUGGACCUAGACCAAUGGCCAUUUUUGAACUCCUUGAUUACAUUGUUAAUGAACCACCUCCAACAUUACCAGCUGGUAUAUUCUCUGAUGCCUUCAAAGAUUUUGUAGAUAGAUGCUUAAAGAAAAAUCCCAAUGAGAGAGGAGAUUUCAAAAUGCUUAUGGAUCAUCAAUGGAUAAAGAAAGCGGAAAGUGAACCAGUUGACAUUGCUGGAUGGGUUUGCAAGAUAAAAGGUUUAACUCCAACUACUCCGACCAGAAUGGCUUCGAAUUCAGCCUCAUGAGUCUGCUCACUGCUCCUAAUACAAAGGCUCACUGCUGUGGACUCCUAUUUAGACAGAAAUGUCUAAAGGUGUGCCCCUCCCAAGCUUAAUAUAAUAUAAUUGCUUUUGCCAAGAAAUUGUUUUGAUCGUAUUUAUAUAGCCUUUGAUAGGGUGGUAAUUAUAUAUCAUAUAAUAAUUAUUAAUUAGGAAAUUAAAUGUAAUUUUAAAAUAUAUUAUAGGGAUAAUUAAUAACUAAUAAUCCCAAGGGUGUUUUUUUUAUAAACUUUUCUACGUGUAUUGUGUGUUGAAAGCAUUUAUUUCCAUUUCUAUUGUUAUAUUCUAUUGGUUUGUUGUAUUUUUU